CUCUUCCCUUCUGCCCUUUCUUUUUGCUUGUUGCUGGUUUGAAUUGCAUUGUGUGCGUGCGUGCGUGUGCGUGUGUGUGUAUAUGUGUGUGUGCGUGUGUGUGUGUGUCUGUGUGCAUGUUGUCACUGUGCCCUAGGUUCCUCAGAGUGAAUUGAAGAGCACAGGACACAGUGUACUGGAGUUUUAUUCCAUUGCUCAAUUGGGUGUAUGUCUGGUCGUCGGUUAGUCAAUCAUUUGGGCUUGGAUAGACAGACAUCAGAGAGCACAUACAAGAUGAAGCCACGGAUUCUCGGGGUCCGAUCAACCGGACUCUCAUCGUCGAGUAUGGAUGGGAUGAUCAUUGGAGUGGUCCUUGGGAGUGUCGUGCUGGUGGCUGUGACCGGAAUCCUUGUCUUCCUCUGCCACAAGAAACGCUCCAUGCAACGUCGCGAGGACCGACAAUUCCUCAUCGACCAUCACAUCUCCUUCGCCCUGGGCUACUAUCCCACUCUGCGCGAUCUCGACGCCAACCAAAAGGAGCAGCAGCUUGAAGAAGGAGUAGCAACAGGAGGAAUAACAACAGCCUUCCCUCCCCCAACCCAGCCCAUGUCGCGCCUCUCAGCUCAUUACCACAGCCCGGUAGAUGACUUCCUUCGCGAUCCACCCCCAGCCUAUCAACCUCAACCCUUACCCACCUAUGACCCUUCUCGAUAUCAGAGGGUCGAUGUCCCUCCUCCUCCUCCUCCUCCUCCUCCGGUUGUUGGACUCGCUAUCCCCUACCAUCACUAUCCUACACUGGGUCUUCAGGAGGAAAGACCCCCGUCGUCGAUCUUGAGUCCACCAGCUCCCAUCAUGGCUCAGCGGGACUCGUUCAUUACUCCUAGAUUCUCCUUUCAGCCUUCACCCACGAUAGGUCCCUUGCGGGACUUGAAUGAGGAUGUCUCUCUUUCUUCGUCUCAUAACUUAGAUGGCACAGCACAGCAGAUGCCGCGACGUCCUAGACCUGUGCUGUCGAGACUGGUGACGGAUCUUCGAUGAUCGUGAGGGGGUUUCUUUCUUUCUUCUUCUCAGACUUUUCUGUCGCUCGCUUAUAGAUUGAUAGCUCUCUUGUCUUUCUGCUUAUCAUUUCUAGGGGAGGCGUUCAUUUCUGUCAGGAUCGGGUCGACUUGUGUUUGACUGAACGCAUGGAGGAUAAAGCUGGAGUGAUGCAUCAUGAUGAUGACGAUGAUUAUGUUCUGUGAUGUUGAUGCUCAUGACUUCGAUGAUUACGAGAAGGAAGAGAGGAUGAGAGGUUGACCCAGCCCAUCGACUA